AUGGCACCGUGUGCACAUAAAAAUUGUGGACUUAAUGCACAAUGUCGGAUAGGAUACAAUGGACAACCUCAUUGUUACUGUCCUAGAAAUUACCCUAAAGGGGAUCCAAACAUUGAAUGUAACCAGGAGUUAAGUGUUGUCGACUGUAGAACAAAUGGAUGUGGGUUAAAUGGAGAAUGUUUAAGAGAAGGCGCAGAAUUUGUGUGUCGUUGCAUACCCGGUACGGAAGGACAAGCCGACGUCGAGUGUCAUACUAGUAUCGAAUGCACGAGUGACAAGGACUGUCCAGUAGAUAAAGCGUGUUUGAGCUUACAUUGCGUCGACCCAUGUACAAUUCGAGGUGUAUGCGGUGAAGAUGCGCUCUGCGUGUCUGUUAUGCACCGAGCCCAAUGUUCAUGCCCGCAAUGCUAUGUGGUUGAAGAUCAUCACCCAGUGUGCAAGUUCUGUCCUAACGGAUUUACUCACGAUGAAAAGCAUGGCUGCAUUAAAGCCUUAGAAUGCGGUGCACACGAGCAAUGUGCUGAAGGCCUCGCAUGUGUUAACGGACGAUGUACAAACCCUUGCUUCCAUGGAAGUCCGUGCUUAGCUGGACAACGCUGUGCUGUCGUCAAUCACCAGCCUGUUUGCUCAAAGGUGUGUCAAUGUCAAACUAAUGCAGAUUGUGCAAGAUACUCGAAUACACAUUGCGAUGGAUGCGCAUGUGUCACUGAUACGCCUACUACUAAUUGUGGCCAUUGUCGACCUGGUGUACCCUGUGAUCCAUUCUCAGGAGCUUGCAUGGAAAUUGGUUGUUCUCGAAAUGAAGACUGUUCUUUGACUGAGGCUUGCAUAAAUAAUGCAUGUCAACACCCGUGUGCUAUACAUAAUCCAUGCGCACCUAAUGCAGUUUGUAUAAACACAAACCAUGGCUCAGAUUGCGGCUGUAUCGAAGGAUUUCAGGGAAACGGAUAUGUUGGAUGUGUUCCAGUACGGAAUCCCUCAGAGUCGGUGUGUCAGUACAAUGAAGAUUGCCCCCCAGAAUUACUUUGUGACAGAAUGAAUAGAGUUUGUAUCAAUCCCUGUGCUAUCAAUAAAUGUGGUGAUAAUGCUGAAUGUGUACCAGAAAAUCAUGGAGUGCAAUGCAAAUGUGGAGCAGGCUUUACUGGAAAUCCAUUUUUAGAAUGUUAUAAAGUACAAGGAUGUCGAUCUGAUAAUGAGUGUUUAAAUUCAGAAGCUUGCAUUAAUGGGAAUUGUGGGUCACCAUGUUGUGAGCCGCCAACGAAUCCUUGUACUCCUAACCCAUGUGGAAUUAACGCUUUGUGUGAAAGCGAUAAUGGAAAUCCUAUAUGCUUUUGCCCGAAAGGUUUAACUGGUAAUCCAUUUAAGACAUGUAUACCGGAAGGAAAUGAAUGUGAACCUAACCCCUGUGGUCCAAAUACAGGAUGUCGACUUAUAGAAGUUUCUUGUGCCUGCCCGGAAGGAUACAUUGGAGAUCCAAAUAUUCAAUGUAUUUAUCGACCUGUUCUGGUUACACCUGAAAACACAACGAUACAAGCUUGCACUCCAAAUCCAUGUGACUCCAAUGCUAUUUGUGAUUCUUACGGCGGUCAAAUGGCAAUUUGUAUCUCAUGUGUUGGGCCUCCUCACCUAAAUAAUCCAUCUUGCAGAGCUGAAUGUAUUCUUAGUUCUGACUGUGAAUUUAGCAAGGCUUGUUUGAGAAAUAAAUGCGUAGACCCUUGUCCUGGAUCUUGUGGUGUCAAUGCAGACUGUUUAGUUUAUCACCACGAUCCAAUUUGCCGAUGCCGAGAAGGAUUUGAAGGAAAUCCAUACGAACACUGUAAACCAACCGCCAGCGUUCAUGAAUCGUGUGAUAAUAUCCGAUGUGGUGAUAAUGCCAUGUGCCAAAAUACAAACGAUUGUCCAAACAACCUUGCGUGUUUAUCAAACUACUGCAGAGAUCCCUGUAAGGACUUAUGCGGCGUAAACACAGAAUGUACGGUCACUAAUCAUGUUCCUGUUUGCACAUGCUUCAAAGGAUAUGAAGGAGAUCCAUUCUCUUCAUGCCGUCAGAUUACAAAAUCUCCAACACCAAUAAAUCCAUGCGAGCCAUCACCGUGCGGUCCAAAUAGUGAAUGUCAUGUGGUUGGUGAACGUGCCGCAUGUUCAUGUCGAGCAGGAUUCCUGGGCGCCCCGCCUUCAUGUCGUCCAGAAUGUGCUGUGAGCUCGGACUGCCCGAUAAACAGAGCUUGCAUCAAUCACAAGUGUCAGGAUCCAUGUAUCCAUAGUUGUGGACUAGAUGCCCGAUGCUAUGUAGUCGGGCAUAAUCCAAUUUGUUCUUGUCCCGAUAAUCUCCCGGAAGGCGAUCCGUUCAUUCGUUGCUUCAGAAAAAAUAUAACAUUUGUGACUCCUGAUCCCUGCUUAAAUUCGCCGUGUGGGCCCUACUCAACAUGCCGCAACGAGGCAGGUCGAGCGAUUUGUGCCUGUGAGGCUGGAACACUUGGGGCUCCGCCCUCUUGUCGCCCACAAUGUGUUAUUAACCAAGAUUGCCCUCUAGCUCUUGCUUGUAGUAGUGACACAUCCUGCUUCAAUAAUAAGUGUGUAGAUCCAUGUCCUGGGACGUGUGGACAAAAUGCUGUAUGUAGGGUUUCCAAUCAUGCACCUUCUUGCUCUUGCUUGCCUGGAUACAGUGGAAACCCUCUUCAUGCAUGUACUCCUAUAAUGACUCCUUCAGAAACAAUUGACCCGUGUCACCCUACACCUUGCGGACCUUAUAGUUCUUGCGGAAACCAUGCCUUCUGUAACGUCGUUAAACACGUUCCAAUAUGUACUUGCGAACAAGGUUACACUGGAGAUCCUUUCGCAGGAUGCUCAGAAGUAUUAUCAAUCGAAUCGCAAGAAGUAAGCCCUUGCUCAAAAUAUCCUUGUGGAGCAAACGCAAUAUGUAAAGAAAGAUAUGGUGCGGGUGUCUGUGGUAUGAAUGCAGAAUGUAGAGUUAAUAACCAUGCACCCUCUUGCGCGUGUCUACCAGGCUAUGAAGGAAAUCCGUUUACGUCGUGCUAUCUUAGAGUCGAAAAACCCGUUGAUCCGUGUUCACCAUCUCCAUGCGGACCUCACAGUAUAUGUCGUAUAAACAAUGGAUAUGCAAUUUGUUCAUGCCAAGAAGAUUACUUUGGUUCACCACCUUUAUGUCGCCCUGAGUGCAUGGUCAGUAGUGACUGUAUGCCAAAUAAAGCGUGUGUCAACCAAAAAUGUGUAGAUCCAUGCAAUGGAGCAUGCGGUAAUAAUGCCAAGUGCAUGGUCGUGAAUCACAAAGCACUAUGUAGUUGUCCACAAAAUUAUAUCGGUGAUCCAUUCGUUCAAUGUUCAUAUGAUAAACGACCGGAAACGAAACCUUCGGGCAAUCCUUGCAUACCAUCUCCUUGCGGACCAAAUUCACAAUGCCGUAUAGUAGGGGAAACUCCAGCAUGCUCUUGUUUAACUGGUUUCAUAGGCAGGGCCCCUAAUUGUCGCCCGGAAUGCAUUUAUGACGACGAAUGUCCAAGCAAUCUUGCUUGCAUUCGAGAAAAAUGCAUGAGCCCAUGUGAAGGUUCAUGUGGGUCGAAUGCUGAAUGUGUUGUUAUUUCUCAUAAAGCAGUUUGUCACUGUCGUGAAAGUUAUACAGGCGAUCCAUUUAAUGGCUGUUACUUUAUAGUCACAGUGACGAGUGACGAUGAAACAAAUCCAUGUAAUCCUUCUCCAUGUGGACCAAAUGCAAUAUGCAAGGAAAAGAAUUCUGCAGGAUCGUGUACUUGCCUGCCAGGCUAUUUCGGAGAUCCGUAUUUAGGAUGCCGCCCAGAAUGUGUAACAAACAACGAUUGUCCGCUAAAUAAAGCAUGCUCAAAUAAUAAAUGCGUAGACCCUUGUCAAGAAGCAUGCGGAAUCAAUGCACACUGUAAAGUAGCUCACCAUACACCUGUUUGUCUUUGCAUUGACGGUUUUGAAGGAAAUCCUGUAGUAUCGUGUCACCCACAAAGAAGUCCUACUCUAGCGGACGAAAACCCUUGUACACCUUCACCUUGUGGCCCAUAUAGUCUUUGUAAAGUAAUAGAUAAUCACGGAGUAUGCUCAUGUCAACAAGGUUAUGUAGGCUCGCCACCAACUUGUCGACCAGAAUGCGUCAUAAGUACAGAUUGUCCCCAGCAUCAAGCAUGUAUGCAACAAAAAUGCAAGGAUCCGUGUCCAGGGACAUGCGGAGUCAAUGCUCGUUGUCAAGUUAUAAAUCAUAAUCCUAUAUGUACUUGUAAAGCAGGAUUCACUGGUGAUCCCUUCGUAACUUGUCAGUUAGAGAAAAAACCUAUCUUUACGGGACCUAAAGGAAAUCCUUGUGUACCUUCUCCAUGUGGUCCAUACUCUCAAUGUAAAGUAGUCGGCGAAGCGCCUGCAUGUUCAUGCUUACCGAAUUAUGUUGGUAUUGCACCAAAUUGUAGACCUGAAUGUUCCAUAAAUGCGGAAUGCCCUGGUAAUCUUGCAUGUCAAAAUGAGAAAUGUGUAGAUCCAUGUCCUGGCUCUUGCGGUUUCAAUGCUGAAUGUUCUGUUGCAAACCAUGUUGCCUUGUGUAAUUGUAUAUCUGGACACACAGGUGAUCCAUUUAGUGGAUGCUCCAUUAUUGAACGUACUUCCGAACCUCCUCCAAAUCCCUGUAAUCCCUCACCCUGUGGUGCAAAUGCCAUAUGCAAAGAAAGAAACGGGAUUGGCGCAUGUUCAUGUCUACCUGAAUAUUUUGGAGACCCAUACACAGGAUGCCGUCCCGAAUGCGUGUCAAAUUCUGAUUGCGACCGCAAUAAGGCUUGCACAAACAAUAGUUGUAUAACCGGCUAUACUGGAGAUCCAUUUACUGAAUGUAUCGAAGAACCAAGACAAAUUAAUCACGUCAAUCCAUGCGUACCAUCACCGUGUGGGCCAAACUCCGAGUGUCGAGUAAUUAGCGACCAGGCAGCUUGUUCUUGUUUACCAAACUAUAUAGGAAGAGUACCAAAUUGUAGACCUGAGUGCACUAUUGAUGCAGAAUGCCCCAGCAACGCGGCUUGUAUCAAUGAGCGGUGUAAGGACCCAUGUCAGGGAGCUUGUGGCUUGAAUGCUAUGUGUUUAACGGUUAAUCAUAAACCAAUCUGCAGCUGUCAACAUGGAUAUACCGGAGACGCUAUCGGCACUUGUGUUCAAAUGAUCAUUCCAACAACUGAAAGGUCAAGUCCAUGCACCCCUUCUCCUUGUGGUCCUAAUGCUGAAUGUCGCGAACACAAUGAAGCUGGAGCCUGUUUCUGCUCUGAAGGAUAUGAAGGCGAUCCAUACAGCCCAUCUGGAUGUCGAAGAGAGCAUGACCGGAGAUCCGUUUACAGUUUGCUACAAUAUUCCACCUACUAC